AUGCCGAACCUCAUCACCACCAACAUCUGUGCCACGCCAGCAACUACCUACUACAACAACCCCGUCUGGACUUCGACCGUUGGGGCAUCUCCCAUUUGCCCACCGGCGUCAUACUACACGACCGUGACAUAUCCCUCGCAAUCGUACACCGACAUUCAAACCCUCUGUGACGGCCCCUGCAAUUCUUAUAGCACGGCUUGCAAGGCCUACGUGGCCACAGAGAGCUACAACCCAGGGAUAUCUGCUUUCGACGUCAAGUGCUUCCUGCUUACAACGCAGGCACCAGCCCCGACACCGUGCCACAACAACGAGGCUCCAGCGUCAGUGCUGGCCAAGUACCGUGACGACGUCAACAGCUGCUUCUCCAAGUCUGUUACCAACGCCCUUAGCUUCUGCAGCCGUCUCCUAGGCCGGCGAGAUCUGGCGGCCACCUAUGACUACACGACAACCACGACCCCCGUGAUCACAACGACUGUUACCGCGUAUGCCACCAAGGGCGUCUGCUUUGUUGGCGGUGGCGGCCGUCAGAUCGUUGGCGAAGACGAUCUCCCAGCCGAGCAGACCCCAGAGGCUGUGGCUCCUACCAACCCGCCACAACUCCCGGCGCCGACUCUCGCUCCUCGCCUGGAUCAGAUGUUGAAUGAGCCACGCGCCAAUCCUGCUCCUGCCCCAGCUUGUCUCGACGCUGCUGCAUAUCCAUCCUGGAACGUCCAGUCAGCCUGCAGCUGCCUGAACACCAUCAGGGCGCUGACCAAGAGGGAUGUCUUCACCGCGGCGCCGACAACCAAGACCGUCACCAAGACUGUGACCACGCGCGUGCAGAAGUCGACCAUUCCGACGUUUCAGCCCAAAGUCAGCGUGCCCGGCAAGCAGGGCGGCCAGUUCAACCUCAUCACCCGCGUGGUCAAGGACUCGAGCAACCAAGACCGCCGCAUUGUCAUGUUCGGCAAGCCCAACGACCCGUCCAAGGGCAACGUGGGCAUGCACGUCGGUCUAGACCAAAAAAUGUACGUCGUCACGCAGGGGAGGAAUAACCUCAAGCCGUACGGCCAGCUCUCGUUCGUCACGCUCGAGGGCGGGAUCACGGUCGUGGGCCAGCUGCCUGACGGUAAGACCGGGUCUGAUCGCGGCGGCGCGGAAUUCAACAGCUGCGUCUCGCCCGCGGCAGGGCCGAUUUUCUGCAAGCUCAAGAGCGGCGAGACGGCUGUCUUUUCACAGGUCGAGAUCCCGGGGUUGAAGAACAAGUUUGCGGUCGCUGUGGGCAAGAAGGCGUUAGAGGGAGCUAAGCCCAUCUCGUUGAUUGUGACCGAGUGGGGAAAUGUGACUGUUGGUUGCGGCGGGAAAGACUAG